GCUGAGGUAAAUUUCAAUUGAUUUCAGUCAUACAUUCAGUUUUCUGUCUAGUCUCACACAUCAUGUUUGUUGUUUGUUAGGAAUCCUUUUAUUUUGUUGUUUUCUUAUCAAAAUUUAUCGUUUACGUUUCAACACUCCUCCGGCAAAAGACAACCAAAAUUCAAUGUUUAGCUAACCAAAAAAAAAGAAGCAACUAAGAAGCUCGCUCUUGCAGUGCAGUGUGUACGAAGGUGACUUUGCGUGAAUUAUGUAACAGCAGCAAGUACGAAACAAAAGGGACAGCGCACGACUUUAGCAACCGUUUCGAGCGCAGUACCCCCGAUUCAAGGAUGGCCAUACAUGAGCAGAUCGACAACCUGAACAUCUGGUGGUUCCCACGCGACUUUUGUCAGUCACGUUUUGGCGAAUACCAACAGAGUGGAACCAAUUCCUGUACUCUGAUCUCAUUGAUACUCGCCGAUAAGGUAGCCAAGGCGGAGAGGUUCUAUCAUCGGGUGGCAGAGUUGCCACCACGCGGCUGGGAACUAUUUGGCAAUGCUAUGAACGAUGGCAAUAAUGUCUAUCAUAAUGUCAUCACAGCACAUACGCCGUUGGCUAGAAAUCUGAAUUUAAAUAUACCAGAUGCAAUAUCGGCGAUACGUUCACAGCACAAGAUGAACUUUCGGCUGGAGGAGUGGUUCUACACCCAUAUGGAGGCCGAUCCCAGUAAUCCCAUGUACAAUCGCAACGUUGCCAUGCAGCUCUCUCGAAUCUUUCAGAUAACAUUGCAGGUCUUUCAGCAGGCGGGUACGACAAGUGGGCGGGAUAUGACGUCGCAUCUAUUUGCGGCCAUCAUUGCGGACAGUCGCACGGUAAUGAUGACCUUUGACUUUCGUGCCUCAAUUGUUGCCCUCUUCGAUUCCCAUCAACAUGGCCGAGAUGCCGGCGCCGUAUUUGCCCAAUGCACCAUACAGAAUAUGGAUGAUUUACUCUUUUGGUUUAUCAGCAUGCUCCACAAUGUCUACUCAAGUCGUCCGGCCCUAUUUGAGAUAUCGUUCCUUAGCUCACAGCCGGGCGUGGCUAAGCGAAUACCGCCUGCGAUCAAAAAAGUUGCGAAUGAUAUCAAAAAGUCACACAAGUUACAUUAGUUAAGCCAAACAUAAUACCGAUCCUGAAUACCAUCAGCAGGCACUUCAUAGAUAAUGAGUUUUCCAAUUUAGUAUUUAACAAUCUAUUGGGUAACAAAGUUAAAAGUUGAAAGGCGCGAAGCAAAUACAAACAACCAAAUUCAAAAAGUCCAAACUAAUAAAUACUUAAUAGCAAACUAGACCGAA